AUGAGCUCCCGAAAAUUUUACUCGAUCUCGUUUGUCAUUAUUAUAAAUGCAUUGUUAAUUACUACUGGUUUUAUCACUACUGCGAAGUAUGUCGCAAUACGAAAUAGAAAUCGUCAAUAUGCGAAUAGUACAUGCUAUGUGAUUAAUCAUACAUGUAUAGAGCAACAAUGCAAAUAUUGUGUGUCGGCAAACGGUUGGAGAAGUAAAUCUUGCGAAAUAUAUCGAUGUUGGAAUGAAUAUCUUACAAUCUCAUAUCCGAUUCGGAAUGAAACUGAAAUCCAAAGUACUCUUACUCAUAAUCACGUUCGUGAGUGCAGUUGGAAUAUGAAAAUUGGUAUCAGUUACCCAUGUUUCUAUCAGCAACUACACGUCAAUUUAAUUGAAUGGCAUCUACCAGCUGAACAGAUUUAUUUCAUUUUACUUUUUAUAUCUUUCUUCCUGUUUGGUAUUAUACUCAUAUCAUGUUUACUUUUCAAAUGGAGAAUCGUACGUAGAAAAACAAAAUCCAACUUUUCCCAUUUUAUCCAACACGAUUCUGCUGUAUUCGAACAAAAUGACCAGUUGAACUCUGAUCGAAGUUUAAUGGAUUGA